AUGGGAGUUUCAUCAUUGAUCCCUGCCCCAGCGAUUUCCGACGAUCAUCCAGCCCCAGGAUUUGUGUCCUUGAACGCUACUAGACUUGAAAGUGCAUUUAAACAAAACAAGCAUUGCAGCAUCAUCUCUGACUCCUUGAUAAAUGGUCAGGAGGCGACAUUUUCUACUACCAAAAAUCCGGAAGGCCAAGCGGUUGGUCCAGACACUUCCACAUAUCCGCAUCUACUGUCACAAUCGACAAUAGUGCACCCAAUUUCCAGGGCGCCGCAACAACUCCCACGUGAUCGAGCCAACUCAGUCGACAACCAUGUGCUUCGAUCGCUUUACUCUGUGGGCGGGGAGAGCAGUUCUCGAGGAAUUUCCUCUGCGUCGUCCACAUCACCAAUCCAUCCAAUGGUGCCGCCACACACUCCCCAACAUUCCCCAAUGGACAAUACGUCUCAGGCCACCACCUCCUCAGCCUCGUCUCGAAGUAAUGGCCUACUCUAUAGCCUCCUCGUGUCUGCGGAUUCACGACCUCCGUCUUGCCGCCUGAAACAGCCUCUUGCACCAUCUUCGUCCAGCACGUCUUCCACUUCGGAGCCAAAAAAACAUAAGCUGGAGGACCCAACACAAUGGUGCGUUGCUGGAGAAGAAUUUAAAGCCUCCUUCAAAAGGUCUAAUGAAUUGCCUAUCAUUUCACUUGACUUCAAUUCCAUAUUUGAUCGAGGCGUUGAACCAAACGUGGCAAACAGUGUACCGAGAACACCCACUCUUCCCGACGGCAACACUUCCGUCCACUCUAUUUCCUCAUCACCCAUUGCUUCAACCCAUUCUAGUUCACCAGGUCUCUCUUCACCAUCCAGUGACUCAGGGCUCGAUGAACCGUUGGACCUGACCCCGAGCAGGCCACCCAACGAACCGAUGCAAUUGGCCAAGAAGACUGCUAGUCCGGUGCAAAGAAAUGUCUCCGAGUUUCUCCGCUUAGCGGCAGAAUUUGUACACUCCAGCAACCCUCUGUCUAUGCACUGGUGGGAUGUGUACAAGGCGACAUGGCAUCGUCUGCUCAUACUUGCUAUUGCUGAGUACCGUGUGGAUGUGGUGGUGGUGAAAUCACCUCACGCCUUCGAACGUCUGGCAACGGGAGAGCCUGUGUUACCGUGGCUGAACCUUCCCUCCGAUCCCAGCACGCUUGUGCCCACCCGAGAGUUUUCUGAUCGGGUUAUUAAUUGCAUCAAUGAGGUGCGAAAUCAAAAUCUCGCUCCCAAAGAGUACAAAAUCCUGCGGAAUGCUGUUCUUUUCACCGCGACUCAGCCAUCAAAAUUGGCAGAAGUGGGAGCAAAGACGCUUCAGAAGGCGCUAGAAGCCAAAAUGGGUUGCCCCAUGGACAAUGGAACGGCUGGAUUAGCACUAUAUUCCGUGACAUGCGCUCUCAUUGCUAUGGAGACCCUUCCCAUGGCCCCGAUUGCGGGCCUCUUCUGUGGCCAUUUGAGGGGAGAAGCAAGCAAAGACAUCCUCUCGGAGAAACUUCGCGCAUCCAUACAAAACUACUCCAGUCCUGGAGAAAGCAUCCUCGUAAGGUUGGUGUGUGAAACUCCUCAGCCGGUGUCGAGGGAGAACCAAGCAGCUCCAUCCGCACCACGAAUUCUCACCUCAGGAUUCACGUCAAUCCCUCCAUCCACUUAA